AGAUUCAAAAUGGCCUCACUUCCGUCAAGUGCACACCGGCGUCAUGGGCUCGCGUGGUUUAUGAAGAAAAUAAAGUUUAUUUUUGUGUAUAGAUAGUCAAAAAUAAUAUAACAUUGGAUUUUUAAUAAUAAGUUCCUGAGCUUCAAUAUGGGCAAACCAGAGUUCAACGGAGGCCGUGGCGGCGGGCGCGGUGGUUUUGGCGGCGGACGGGGCCGCGGGGGAUUUGGGGGUAGAGGAGGUUUUGGAGGUCGCGGCGGCGGCGGCGGGGGUGGCGGCCGCGGGGGAUUUGAGAAGAGGGGCGGCGGUAGAGGGUUUGGCAGAGGAGGAGGAGGAGGUGGUGGCCGUGGUCGCGGCGGUGGCGGUAGAGGAGGCGGUGGCUUCAAGGGAGGCAAGCAAGUUGUCAUUGAGCCACACAGACACGCUGGAGUAUUCAUCGCCAGAGGCAAAGAGGAUGCGCUAGUGACCAAAAAUCUUGUGCCGGGGUCAGAAGUUUAUGGAGAAAAGAGGAUAUCUGUGGAGACCGACGGAGAAAAGGUGGAAUACAGAGUAUGGAACCCGUUCAGGUCAAAGUUGGCAGCGGCCAUCAUGGGCGGUGUGGAUGCUAUACACAUGCCUCCGGGCUCCAGGGUGCUGUAUCUUGGAGCUGCUAGUGGAACUACUGUCAGUCAUGUAUCUGAUGUUGUUGGACCGGAGGGUCUGGUGUACGCUGUGGAGUUCUCCCACCGAUCUGGACGUGAUCUUAUCAAUGUGGCAAAGAAGAGGACAAAUAUUAUACCUAUCAUUGAAGAUGCCAGGCACCCGCUUAAAUACAGAAUGCUGGUGGGCAUGGUGGACACGAUAUUCGCGGACGUGGCUCAGCCCGACCAGGCGAGGAUCGUCAGUCUGAACGCGCAACACUUUUUGAAGAACGGAGGACAUUUUGUUAUUUCCAUCAAGGCCUCCUGUAUCGACUCGACGGCCCAACCCGAAGCCGUGUUCGCGGCCGAAGUGAAGAAAUUACAAGCUGACAAACUGAAACCCCAAGAACAGCUGACAUUAGAACCUUACGAGCGAGACCACGCGGUCGUCAUCGGGGUUUUUAGACCACCAGCCAAGAAAGACAAAUAGAUUACUUGACUAUCAAAAGCUAGAUUUUUAGGAUUACGUCAAUAUGAAUUUAUAGACCGCGAGCUACGAACACAUUUUAAUUACCAAUAGCCUCCCGGGCUCCUGAAAUGGUUAAGGGCGAUGCGUAAUGAAUUCUAGUGGAUGUCCGCUGCCUCCUUUAGUUGGUUGAGGAAUGGCAGACACCGAAACAUUGAUUUAAAAAAAUCGUCAGCCGGUUGUAUCGCGGUGGAAAGAGCGUCAGCUGGUCGCAUGAAUUUUUAUGAUAGUGAUUCAAAGUCAUGCAACGUUUAUUGAAACGCCUGAUGGCAUGCUGCAUACUUUGCGGACAAUGGUAAAGCGCAAUUUUUUUACAUGGUCAUGUGAUCAGCUGACGGACUUCCCACCGCAAUAAAACCGGCUGCCUAUUUUUUUAAUUCAUGAUAGUAUCUAAACUAUCAUCUGACGAAGUAUCAACCAGGAGGCAAUGAUUAACGAUAUAUGCUCCCGGCUCGCGGUCUAUUAAGGCUAAUAUACCGUGCCUAAUACUUUUCUGUUAUAUUAAAUAACAGGGAACACCCAAUAAUUCCGAAAUAUGUUUUUCCGAAUUUCAUAAGCACGAUUUUCAUAAUCCCGAUUUUUAUAAGUCCGAAAUAUCAAAAUUACGAUUUUUAAAAACACGAUGGAAGAAAAUCACGAAUGUGCUAUUUCCGAAAAAUUUAAAUCCAAUUGUCAUUUUACCGAAAGCUUAGUUCCGAUUUAACACUUUUCCGAAAAAAUGUUUUUCCGAAUUCUUAAAUUCCGUAAAACCAUUGUCCGAUCAGAAAUAAAAUAAUUCGGAAUUCAGAAAUUCGGUCUUAUGUAAGGUCGGAAAAAUGAAAUUCGUGAUAUUAAAAUGAAGACGCGUUUCGUUUGAGUAAUUCGGUCUUUUAUAAGGUCGGAAAAAUGAAAUUAGUGAUAUUCAAAUGAGGACUCACGUUUUAGUAAUUAUUACGGGUGCCUGUCGUGCCGCAUCACGUUAAAUUCGCCAUAAAAUAUUUUUGGCAUAAAAAUUCGGCAUAAAUAAAUUCGGAUUCGGAGAUUCGACCUCCAAGAAAACCAAGAAAGUGGGGGUUAGGUUAGGUUAGAACGGCGACCCCCACUAAAAAUAAUUGUUUUUAGAGAAGUAGAAGGAAGAACAUCAAUUCGGAAUCAAAAAAUUCGGAAUAAUGGCAAUUCGGAAUUCGUGAUUUCAAAAAUCGUAAAUAUAAAAUUCGGCGUUUUUCACUGUCGGAAUUGUUAUAAUCGGAAUUUAAAAUUUCGAAAUAAUGGCAAUUCGGAAUUCGUGAUUUCAAAAAUCGUAAUUGUUAAAUUUCGGUGUUUGUCACUAUCGGAAUUGUUAUAAUCGGAAUUAUCUGGUUCGGAAUUUACAAAAUUCGGCUUUUCGGAAAUAUAAAUCUUCGUGAUUUUCAUCAUUCGUAAUUACGACAGUCGGAAUUUUGAUAGGUCGAGCAUUUAAAAAUCGGUAUUCUGAAAUUCGGCAUAACAUUUUUCGGAAUUAUGUAGUGUACCCAGCUUUCACACAUGUAAGAUUCCUGUUUGUCAUUGUGUUGCUAUUAAAAAGAUAUAUGAAGUUGAAAAGUAUUUGAUAUACUGCCGAUAUGUCAUGUUUUAGUAUAAGUAUAAUGUUAAGUAAGUUUUAUUGGCAUACGUGAGAUGUAUGUGUAAGUUUUAAGAGAAUGAUAAAAUAUAAAUGAUGGUGCGAAUGACAAA